AGCAUGCUACAGUCUAUGUAGCGACACGGCGGUACUGCUAUUCUGCUUCUAACCCGGGAGUAUGCACUCUAGCUAGGGGAAGGGAAUAUAUCUUAAUUUUGGUGCUUGAGGGGCAAUAGAAGCCGCAUCUGCAGCAAGCUCAACUCUUCAAGACAGAUCGAUGACGAGGAUAAAUAGAAAAAGAAACUGAUAAAUACUAAGGUGACGAAGCCAACGUGAUGAAGGCGUGUGUGGUGAUGAUCUUAGCCGCAAAUGCUCUGUUGUUGUUAACAGAGAGCAAGAGCGUAAGUCAGCCCAGUAAAGUCAAGCGAACUAAGCGAUCGUGGGAGGACCCCUUCGAAACAGAGAAAAAAUCCUCGUGGGGUGACCCAUUCAGAACUGAGAAGAGAGACGAAUUACUUAACGCGUUAAAUGGUUUGGAGAGGGCAAGGCGGCGAUUUGAACCUGAGCCUGGAAACCAGUACUUGAAUCCGAUGGCGUAUUUGUUUGAUGGAAGCCUAACUGGCGAGGAAGAAUACAAUAAGCCGUCCUAUAACCAGGGCAGCGAUGCCGGCAGAGAGGAGGAAGACAGUGAUGAUGAUGAGUUCAACAUGCCUAAAAAAUCAGAGUACGCCCCGUACCGUACGUACCCAAGACCAGCUGACAUGACCGAGCUAGAAAAUAUCUUAGCGUCGCCUUCCAAAGCGAAAGCGAAACGACCGGAUUGGGGUAGCAGUGAGGAAUCAGAUUUAGAUGAUAAUUACCUGCCCGAAGAAGAUUUCGGUGAGGCAAAGGAGAGUUCUGAAGAGGUUAACCCGGCACGAGCGGAGUUUUCUCGCGAGCAGCUUGAGUCACUACUGCAGAAGGCGGAGGAGUAUGAGAAGGUUGCUGAAGAGAAGGAGAAACCGCACAGUACAGUGGAGCCUGUCUCUAAUGAGGAGUUGCAGAACGUUCUCUCCGGAGACGAGGACCAGGAGGAGUCGGUCGCCAAGGAAGAGGUAGAGGAUGAGAGAGAAUUCGAUGAAGGUGGAAAUGACAACGAUUUUGGUAAGUUUUCUCCACAGAUGGCCGAACUAAACAAAGAGUGGUUGAUUAAUCAAUACUUGAAAGCAGCCGGAGAAGAAGUGACUAAGAAACAUAAGAGAGUAGCAAAACGACCAGUGGAGGAUUUCGCGGAAGAGGAGGGAGAUGUCCCUCCCGUUGACGCCGAGGAGGAGGAAGAAGAGGAAUUGGAGGAAGAGGCAGCCGCGCAAGAGGCAAAGUACACCAAAAAAGAUUUAGAAAAAUUAGUAGAGGAAUAUGCAAUAGAAAAUAAGCUGAUUAGUAAAGAAAAUGAAUAUUUGGCCACAGCGCUGAACGCGGCGACACUCGGGCAGAUAGAAAAGUCGGAUAAGUACUUAGGAGAGCAAUUCAAGGCUUUACAGAGCGCUGUGAAGGUGGAGGAGACACUACAGGACAUCACCAAAGCUGAGGAGGAGGCGGAGGAGGAGUGGGGCCCCGUGGUGGAGGACAAACGCGUUAGCCAAAAAGAUGAUAGAGUGGAGAGUUUUGAUGAUGUGCCAGACAUGCCCAUGUCCGAGUUGGAGGAUGUCUCGGCAAAGGGGGAGAAGGGUCAAUGGUUUGAUGGGCCACUACCUGAGGGAUAUGACCUCGUGGAUGAAGAUAGUCCAGAAUAUACGCAGCUGAAUCCCUUUUUACGAAAAAUGAUAAAGAUCUACGGUCCUGAGAAGGCGAGGGAGAUAUUAUCAAAGCGAAGUGGUGAGCCUAUUCAGGUCGAGGAGGAGGAUGAGGAUGUUCCCAGUGAUGCCGAGAUCGAGGAGGCCAUCGCGCAGACCGUGAGAGAGAAGGACGAGGAGGAGGAAGAACAGCGGGCUGAAGAGAACGAAAUCGCUUCCACCCUUGAAGGGUUAAUAGCCAAUAUGGCGCCAGAACAGAAGGUGCAUCUUAAAGAACAAAUAGCUGAUAUAGUUGGUGACCCCAAAGACGUUUGUCCCGCCGUGGAGACGUUAGCCGAUGGCUGUAAAAAUCUCAUGAAUCUAUACGCGGUUGACUUAGAUGAAGAAGCACAGGGUGUAUGUACGAGGCACAAAGUUUGCUAUGCAUGUGGUUCAAGCAUCGACAGCAAACGCCUGUCCCGAGACAAUUGUGAUAACCUAUUCCGCCGCGAGGCGGAGCAACGGUGCCGUGGCGAGGAGACGUGUGAAGAGGGCGCGUUAGGUCUCUUCUCUCUGAUGGCCCGUGAACACAGCUACAUCGACGAUCCAUCGGAAACGACAUCGGAGAUCUGCAACCGAAAAUGUGUCGCAAAAUAUAUAUUAGGUCUGGACUAGGUACUCCAUUGUAGAGGAUAUGACAUCAUUGAAUUCGAGAGUUAACUUCAUAAGAAACCUCCACGCAUUGUCUUUAAUAAACCUGGCUAAUUGGAGACAUUUCAUAGACUGGUAGAAUAAAGCUGGCAUCUUAUUGGAGAUCACAUCAUCUCGAUCAAGUAGCAAGCUCUAACUACGAGGCACGGAUAAAAUGAUACAGCUUUCUGAAACGGAAUGUGACCUCAUGGAAUUGAGUGAUGUCAUAGACAUACACAGGAGUCACGUGAUGAUAAGUAAACAAUACUGACUGUGCCUAUUUUCUUAGGAACGCUAUUCCUUGUCCUCCAAGUUGGGACGUGCAAUAGUUUUGUGAUAAUCUUAGUUAAUUAAUCUAGUCACAAAAAGAUACUUCUAGUGUAUAUCUUAACAUAUCAGGCGUCCUAGCACUCUGUAGAAGGGUUAGCUCCCACUCAAUGGCUGCCGCCAUGUUCACUCGCCUUUCUCGUGUAGAAUUCUUUCAGAUCGAGAAGAAGCGUAGGUAAAUCCUCGUUGUGUUUAAUCCUAUCUAAUGAAAAUUCCUGAAAUCGGCCAUCCUGAAGAUCGCAGACAUUACUGUCAGGCCCCUUCCUAUCAGGAACGGUUUUUAUUGAUCGUCUUCAGAAGCCAUUGGGCCUCCUUAGAUGCAGACGGACAGGAGAUUUCCAUUUCUUUCGGCAUGCCUGUGCUGCUAUCUGGCGAGAACUUAGAAUAGCAAUAGCGUAGCCGAAAAACCUCUAUAAGAAAUCAACGCGGCUUACUUACGCUCAGUCUUGAAAAUCCGUUUAGCAAAGCUAUGUGCAUUUCCUUUUUGCUUGUGUAAGAGUGUGCCCGUAGUAUAUUUCUAGAAAUGUCAAUAUAGUCGUUUUGUGGGGAACAAGUUCACUAUACCGGUAUGAUAAGAAAAUGUGCUUUUCAACUUUAUUUUCUGGAUAAAAAUAUGUGCAGAUCAUUCGAAUCGGGAGUAGUAGAGAACUGUUCGCGAUUCACGCCAAAGGAAAGGCAUUGUACGUGUUUAUGGCAACAGUUAAACGAGUUCUUGAGCCUUUUACUCUGUCGAAUUGUAAAAUGCGCUAUGUGGUUAUAGGGCUUAUAUCCGGCUUAUUUUUCGUGAUCAUUAUUGUGUAUAUGGAUGAAAAGGCGAGCGUCACACUGGUGCAUGUUGCGAUGUUAUGGCUAGUCAGUCAACUGGUCAGUAAACUGGUAGGUGUCUUAAACUGCUGCUAUGACUUCAUUUUGCUACAACCGGGACCCUCUAAAUCGCCAAAAUUUAGCACCUCAUUAUUUUGGUGCAUGCGCAAAAAUUUAAAAAAAAUCAAUUUCGCGAUUGCAAAUUUCUUUUGGUUUUUCAAUUGAAAAAAAAGGUUUUCCUCAUUUUUAUUUUCGCGAAUUUAGAUUAUUCGGGAAAUCUGCGAAUAUAAACAGCCGUGACAAUUUAGUAGUUUACAGUUUUGCUUCCUCCUGAGGUGCAUAAAUGUGUCUGGAACAGUAGAAGUUGGCCUUUAAUUCGAUUGUCAAUAAUUAAGUAUGUGAAUGGCAUAUUUAGUUGAAGCCUCAGUUUUUGAAGUUCAGAAUAUUUGAUUAUAGUUUAAUUUUCUUCUUCUAGUUUAACAGAGAAAUUUCUACAGAAUGUAUCUUACAUCAUGACAAGAAGCACCCAAGUCAAACGGGGACAAUGGAUAAAAAUUGAACAAUGUUUUAUGGUAUGUAAAGCAGUCCAAACACUGUUAACCAAGUUCAGCCAGAGAAAUAGUGCCAUUGAAGUCGCUCUGUCAAACCAGAGGAAGUCAACAAACCGCUGAUAAAAUCAGUUUUAAUGAUGUAAUAAGUUAACAUAAAAGUGUGAACAUGCGGCAACCAGCGAGAUUUAAUCUAUUUUUGUUACAUUUAGUCAAGUUAGUCGAACCAAGGAGGUAAAAUGGCAGAAAUAUGUAAAUAUAUCGCGCGGGAUAUUCGGCCUGGUUGCCAUAGUGACACUUGUUUGUGAAACAUGUCGGUAAACACCAUGGUGUACGUUCCGCUGAUUGGUCGUUUAAUGCCUUGUUCAACGUUGUGUUCAAAGUUUAUCAAUGUCUGAUUAUUUCUCCUAAACAAACGUGUAUCGACAACAUUAUCUUCUUCUCCAAUAUGGUCAAUAUUCGUGUUUGUUGCAAGAUGCUAUUAACUCAUUUUGAGAAAGCAGAAAAGCACGGUUCCCAAAAAACAACACACACCCACACACGCACACACACAACUCUCACAAUGAAACAGCACAUGUGCAAUGUACAUUGUGAAUUCGACAUGUUGUGUUUUUUAAGUCCAAAGACGUCGUUUAAAGCAGUUUGUAACGAAAGCUUCAUCUCGCUGACCAACCAGCAUCUUUCUUUGAUAGUUCAGAUAGAAGAAACAACUUUAUAGAGAAUCGAAGCACUCAACUCGACGUUGAAAGGCCAGCCUGAUUGAACAGGAUUCUGGGAAGUUGAUUCGCCAGGCUUCGUUUUCAAGAGUAAAAUGAUCAGAUAUUUUGAAUAUAAGUAUGAGUAAAGUCGCUUGUUGGAGACUGUCUACCAGACAGAGUUCUGGAGCUGCAGCCAGAAGAUGUAGUGGCCAGACAGUCACUUUUUACUUAUCAAAGUGUUGUUGUCAGUGUUUAGUUAGAACGCAUUUAGAUUUGUUAGCAGAUUAUCGGUGUGCAUAAAGUAUGGAUUAUUUAGUAAAAAGGGUUCGUUAAUUCAAAAAUAUAGUUCGCGUGAAGACCAAAUAUCAAGCCAACAAAUCGAAUUCACCUUUUUUUACAUUUGCAUGAUGUCCAUGACGACAUCGUUAUAGUUAUACGCUGUUAACAGACAUAGCCCGACCGCUUUUUGGGUUAAUAUGAGCCAGCAGCCCGAUAGACAAUGCUUAUGUCUGGUUGCUAUCUUGGGUUAAUAUGAGCCAGCAGCCCGGUAGACAAUGCUUUUGUCUGGUUGCUAUCUUGGGUUAAUAUGAGCCAGCAGCCCGAUAGACAAUGCUUAUGUCUGGUUGCUAUCUUGGGUUAAUAUGAGCCAGCAGACCGGUAGACAAUGCUUUUGUCUGGUUGCUAUCUUGGGUUAAUAUGAGCCAGCAGCCCGGUAGACAAUGCUUAUGUCUGGUUGCUAUCUUGGGUUAAUAUGAGCCAGCAGCCCGGUAGACAAUGCUUAUGUCUGGUUGCUAUCUUGGGUUAAUAUGAGCCAGCAGCCCGAUAGACAAUGCUUAUGUCUGGUUGCUAUCUUGGGUUAAUAUGAGCCAGCAGCCCGGUAGACAAUGCUUUUGUCUGGUUGCUAUCUUGGGUUAAUAUGAGCCAGCAGCCCGGUAGACAAUGCUUAUGUCUGGUUGCUAUCUUGCAUGAACGCGGUAGCUGCGGUGGAGUAAUAAAUUCAUUAUCCAAAUUUAAUAAAACGAUAAAAACUUAGCAAAAUGAGCUGUCACCACGGUUGGCAUGACAAUUCGUGUUUGUAUCACGUGACUUAAUCACCAAGAUGGCGUCUCCGGCCAUGGUGUCUGUUGUGUUGUGCUAGUCCUGGUAUAUAUAACGAACAUAUACACCUCAGACGAUUCGUGUGCGCUUUAGUAAACAUAGUAUUCUAGAAAGAGCACAAAAUCUCAGUCUACCAGUACCGGGCCACGUUAAGCUUUAAAUAAUGUGCGUUAGUGUUAGUGUCGUUAGGUAUCAACGCAGUUGUUUUUCUGUAUUCCUCAGUAGGCCUAUAACGGAAAAGAAUUCCUAUUGGCAAAGACUCUUCUCAUAUUACUAGUGUUCCCAGGAAGAAAAAUUCUCUUGAAGAUUCUUCUAAUUGAGAUUCUUUGUCAAUUUCAUAUCUCUUUCAGUUUCGUAUACAUCAAGCAUUGGAUUCAUGUACAUGUACAUUCUUAGCAUGAUUCUUGUUAAUAUCUAAGAUCACAAUCCAAAUAAAAAUCCAUAUUAGAUUCUCACAAAAUUCUUAGUUAAGAUCUUACUCAGAUUCGUGCAGAUGGACAUGUUGAUUCGUUAUAGUUAUACGAAGGUACCCGUAAGAUUUCUAGCGAGGAAGUUAACUAAGAAUCUUACACCGCUUGUGAAUAAUGUACAUGUGCAUGGGUACAAACUUAAACAUAAGAAUAGAAAUAAAGCCAAUGUUUCAAGUAAACAACAAGGUAAAAAAUCCCGAUAAAUUUUUAUACAAUUACAAUGCAUCGUACAUGUGUAAGCUUACAUGUACAUUUCUGUAGACGAUUCUUUUAAACAUUUUUACGGAGUUAAGCGCUCAAUAACGAAUCUUACAGGAAUCAUGCAGUGAUUGUCCAUGUACAUGCGUAUGAAACUAAGUGUUUAGAUCUUAACUAAGAAUCUUAUAAGAACGUCUUAGGGAUUUCCUGGGUAAGGACCCCAUUGUGACGCACUACCGCAUUCCUCCUUGGGUCCAGAUUAGAGUAACAAUAUGACGUGUACCUUGCUGUUACAUGCUUCAUCACUUGUGUUGGCUGCUUACUGAGUCUAUCGUUUAUCUUAAUGUUUCAAUAAAUAUAUAUUCCAACCA